AUGGCAGCAAGUGUUGUUAAAACUCCCAAGUGCACGAAACGAGGGUCUGCCAAAGAUCUUGCUCAAAACGCAGCAAGUGCGGGACCUAAAUCCAGCAAUGAGGCUAACUGGAACUGGUUUCUACUCCUGGCCACUGUCUUUCUGGUGACCUUUGCAACCCGAUUCUACAAGGUCACCGAACCGGAUCACAUAUGUUGGGAUGAGACCCACUUUGGCAAAAUGGGCAGUUGGUAUAUCAACAGAACCUUCUUUUUCGAUGUUCAUCCCCCGCUGGGAAAGAUGCUCAUUGGACUCUCUGGCUACUUGACGGGCUACAAUGGAACGUUUGCUUUUGAGAAACCGGGUGACAAGUACAACGAAACCCGAUACCAGGGAAUGAGAUAUUUCUGUACAACUUUGGGAGCUCUGAUUAUGCCAAUGGGAUUUGAUACUGUCUACGAUCUGACGCGAUCCCAUGAAGCUGCUCUGCUUUCGGCUGCUUACCUUGUAUUUGAUGUGGGUCUCCUGACACUGAACCAGUAUAUCCUGCUGGACCCCAUUCUGCUGUUUUUCAUGAUGGCCUCCGUCUGGGGCAUGGUGAAGAUCUCAAAGGCGACGGCAUCCGGAGGAUCCUAUGGCCUUCGAUGGUGGUUCUGGCUCUUCCUCACCGGCACCAUGUUGUCCUGCACGAUAAGCGUUAAGUUUGUGGGUCUGUUUGUGGUGCUGCUGGUGGGUCUGCACACAGCCACCGAACUGUGGCUCAUCCUUGGCGAUCUGAGGCAGCCCAUUGUGGAGACCGUAAAGCAGGUGGCCUGCCGGGCCAUCACCCUGAUCGUGUGGCCCAUCCUGCUCUACAUCCUUUUCUUCUACAUCCAUCUGAGUGUCCUCAAUCGCAGUGGCAAUGGCGAUGGGUUCUAUAGCUCGGCCUUUCAGUCCAGGUUGAUCGGGAAUUCGCUGUAUAAUGCCAGCAAGCCCAGGGACGUGGCCUACGGAUCGGUGGUGACCAUCAAGAACCACAAGACGGGCGGGGGCUACCUGCAUUCGCAUCAACACCUGUAUCCCAAGGAAGUGGGCGCCAGGCAGCAGCAGAUCACCACGUACACCCACAAGGACGAGAACAACAAGUGGCUGAUCAAGCCGCACAACAAGCAGCGUUUGCCCAAGGACAAGCUGCAGGUCCUCCGCCACGGGGACAUCAUCCGCCUGGAGCAUGUGGCGACCAAGAGGAACCUGCACUCCCACAGUGAACCGGCGCCCAUGACCAAGAAGCAUCUCCAGGUCACAGGUUACGGAGAGUUAGGAGUGGGCGAUGCCAACGACGCCUGGCGCGUGCUGAUUGUGGGCGGUAAGGUCAACGAAACGGUGCACACGGUGACCUCCCGCCUCAAGUUUAUCCACCUGCUUCAGAACUGCGCCCUGACCUCCAGUGGCAAGCAGCUGCCCAAGUGGGGAUUCGAGCAGCAGGAGGUGUCCUGCAAUCUCAACGUGCGUGACAAGAACUCCCAGUGGAAUGUCGAGGACAACGAGCACAAGUUGCUACCCAGUGUGAGCUUCAGCGUGUAUGCUCCCGGUUUCUUUGCCCGCUUCCUCGAAUCCCAUGCCGUAAUGCUGCAGGGAAACGCAGGACUAAAGCCCAAGGAGGGCGAGAUCACCAGCAGACCCUGGCAGUGGCCCAUCAACUACAGGGGCCAAUUCUUCUCUGGCAGCAGUUACCGCAUCUAUUUACUAGGAAACCCCCUGAUUUGGUGGAGUAAUCUGGUUUUCCUGGCCCUAUUUGUGGUGGUCUUUCUGUGCAAUGCAGUCGUGCAGCAAAGAAGAGCUGGCAUUGCCCGAUCUCUGGCCCAAAGUCAACCCGAAAUUGAUUCAGAAACUGUGGCUCAGGGUGAGGACAGUGAACCCUCGACCACAGACGUUUGCAGUUGCUGUCUCUCGCCGGAGGAGAAAGCCCUGAAGGUGGCGCCAAGUGGGUCCAGUGAGCUACCCACUCCAGCAAUGUCCCUGCGGGCGGCUGCCUGGCUUUUUGUGGGCUGGGUACUCCACUAUCUGCCUUUCUGGGCGAUGGGAAGGGUUCUCUACUUCCACCACUACUUCCCGGCCUUGAUCUUCAACUCCUUGCUGACGGGCGUAAUGUUCAACUACAUUAUGAGGUUUCUGCCCAAGUGGAUCCAGCACGUUGUCCUGGGAGUGGUUCUCUCAAUUCUGGUCUUUAGUUUUGCCGCCUUCUCGCCACUGGCUUAUGGAAUGAGUGGUCCUCUAGCCAACGAACGAAACUCUACAAUGCACCAUCUCAAGUGGCUUUCCACCUGGGAAUUCUAGUUUUUAUAGUCUCACUUGUAAGCUCUACACUUUC